GCCAGAGCUGCUGCUGGACCAAGUCCUUGCAGUCUGUCCCACGCCACAGACACACUCCCAGCCUGGACCUCAGACCUCUACUAGGACCCAGACCCUACGCCUCUGACACAGCCUAUCCACAUCCCUCAGCCUGCCUACUUCGCGCCAUGCUUGGGCCCCUGGCCUUACUGGCCGCGCUCUGGGCGCUGGGGGCUGCCAAAGCCGAGGCGCUGCAUAUCGGAGCUUUCAACAUCCAGUGCUUCGGCGACAGCAAAGUGUCGGAUCCGGCCUGCAGCGGCGUCAUCACGCAAAUCCUCGCUGGCUAUGACAUCAUGCUCGUGCAAGAGGUGCGAGACUCCGACCUGAGCGCCGUAUCCGCGCUCAUGGAGCAGAUCAACAGCGUGUCCAGGCACCAGUACAGCUUCGUGAGCAGCGAGCCCCUGGGUCGGGACCAGUAUAAGGAAACGUACCUGUUCGUCUACAGGAAGGACGCGGUGUCGGUCGUGGACACGUACCAGUACCCAGACCCGGAGGACGCCUUUAGCCGUGAACCUUUCGUGGUCAAGUUCUCUGCACCCGGCUCCGCUGCGGAGGAGCUGGUAUUGAUUCCUCUGCACGCGACGCCGCACCACGCCGUGGCCGAGAUCGACGCGCUCUACGACGUGUACCUGGACGUGAUCGACAAGUGGGGCACCGACGACAUCCUGUUCCUGGGCGACUUCAACGCCGACUGCAGCUACGUGCGGGCGCAGGACUGGCCAGCCAUCCGCCUGCGCAGCAGCGAGGUCUUCAAGUGGCUCAUCCCGGACAGCGCCGACACCACGGUGGGCAACUCGGACUGUGCCUACGAUCGCAUCGUGGUCUGUGGCGCCCACCUGCGCAGGAGUCUAAAGCCCCAGUCGGCUGCCGUGCGCAACUUCCAGGAAGAAUUUGGCCUGGACCAGGCUCAGGCCCUGGCCAUCAGUGACCAUUUUCCUGUGGAGGUGACCCUCAAAUCCCACUGACAGCCCUGAGGCCUGGCCACAGCAGGCUGCCUGCGGACUCUGGCCACAAAGAGCAAGCCCCACAGGGCUCAUUCAGGAUGGCCAGCCAACCCCAAGCAAGGCUGCAGGGUACGGUCAGCUGGGCCAGGAUACAUGAUGGGACCACUCAGAGCCUGGUUCCCCACCUGUGAAGUGGGCUGCCACUACCUACCUCAUAAGGUUGUGAGAAGCACCCCACAGAGUGCUGGGCACACAGCUGAGCUUAAUAAACAGUGCACACUCAACCAGGACCCUACACACCUGUGUCAGCUCCAAUGCCUCUAUGUCCUUUCUUAGGACUCAGCCCUUCUGGGGCACAAAUCUUGGUCCUGCAGCCCAGCAGGUCUCUGGUCCCAGCCCAUUUAGGGGACAGGGACAGCCUGGCUUGCCCAUUCCACAUCCUGCUGGGAACUGACUGCCUCCAGCCCAGGCUGGCUCCAGAAGGCAGCUCCUGUGCUCACUAGCUGAAGCUCCGCGCUCUUUCUUUGUGCAAACUAAAUGCUUUUAAGCACCUGUACUGAGUGCAGCUGGGGGUAAGGGCUCAAAGGUAGUGUGGAUGUACAAGGCCAACCUCCCAAUCCCCGGUGUUCCUCCUAUAGCCCUCGUUCCCAGGUCUAUGGGCUGCUUGCAGGCACUUGUGUUUGUGAGGGUCCUGUCCCAUCCAGCACUGGAGUUGCGAGGGGGAGGUCAGGAAGGCUGGCCCCCUGCCCUCAGCUGGUUGGCGGCCCUGGGACAUGUGAGAGCCUCUCAUUGGUGAGCAGGCAGGUUGUGUUAAGGUUCCUGCCCACAGAACCCAAACAGCCCACAGUGGUACAGCCUCUUCAAAGGUACCUUCCUGGUGGCUUCUUCCUCAGGAGACCUGGGCUGGGCAAGGACUCAGCAGGGAGGACAGUGGUCUGCGCCCUGGGUAAGCCCAUCACCUGAGAGUUGGAACAAACAGAACUGGGGUACACAGUGUCACCGACAGUGGCCUGAUAAAGUUUCUGGCUUUCAAAGCAUCUCACCUUUGGCAGGAUUUAACUUGCCUGAACUGCAUGGGAGGGAAGAACGUUUGUUUCAAGGGUUUGGACGAGCUUUUCUUGCUAGAUCUUUCCAAAGUAAGAUUUAAGACACCUGCAAUGUAAAAUGCCUCCCUCCUCCCUCUCCAAGUCACCCAAUUUCUCUGAAAUUUGUAGAGGCUUUCCAUCCAAACAAACAUGGCGGCCCAAGGGCUUCCCCUUUUCCUUUUCUUGUGUGGCUUGUCAGGGCCCACAACUACCUGGCCUUAUGCCUCUAGCAAUCAGGCAUCCCACCAGCCAGGGAUGGGAAACUCAAGGACUUUAUUCUGCUCUGGGAGAGGAGAUACCCAAUGGUGACACUGCUGAGGUCCAGAAGGGCCCCACCUGCCAGUUUAUGGUUCCCAAAUCAAGACACUGCUUGCAAGCUGUGCCCCCCACCUCCCCAGCAGGCACAAAGGGCACUCAUGAAUGGCAGAAGGCCUUGAGACUACGGCUACGAGGAACAGGCCUUCUAGGGAGGUGAGCAAAACAAAGAGCUGAAAGUACUUUUAAAUUGGAAAAUACCUUAUUUAAAUCCCUCGGAACCACAGGGCCCCCAAAAGGGUGCAUACGGCUAAAAACCCUGCACGGGAAGGCCCGCCCUUAGCCUUUCUUUUGUUUGAGCUUUUCUAAGUACAUCUGCAGGGACUUCUGGAUGGAGUCUCUGGAGAUGAAGCUGACAAAGUUCUGGAUGUCCAUGUCGCGCUGCUUCACCAGGCGGUCUGCUGUGGCCUUUCGCAUCAUGUUCUUGGUCAGCUGUCGAGCGUGAUCUGAAGAAGAUGGGGCCUACCUGUGAAAACCCAUGCUCUGCUCUGGGACAGUGCUAUUCCCAAGCUUUCCGAGACAGUUUCAACCGAAACUCUGGUAGAAAACUUAGAAAAUUCAAGUAAGCAAAGAGAAGAAAAUGAAAACCACCUGAUCCCUACUGUCCACCGAUUUCUUUUAAAAAUAUACAGGAUAACGGACUCCCCUGGUGGCUCAAUGGUUAAGAAUCCACCUGCCAAUGCAGGGAACACGGGUUUGAUCCCUGGUCCGGGAAGAUCGCACAUACCUUGGAGCAACUGAGCCCUCGCACCACAACUACUGAAGCCCAUGUGCCCUAAGGCCCGCAUGCCACAACUACUGAGCCCAUAUGCCACAAAUACUGAAGCCCUCGUGCCUAGAGCCCGUGCUCUGCAACAAGAGAAGCCACCACAAUAAGAAGCCCGCACACAGCAACGAAGGCCCAAUGUAGCCAAAAAUAGAACAACAACAAAAAUAAUGAUCUUGUGAAAGCUGCCCUUUUAACCUGUUAUUUUCCCUCAACUGUAUUGUCGGGCAUGUUUUUCAUGUCAGUAAAUAUUCUUUUACAAUGUAAUUAAUAGCUGCAUGGCAUUCAGGCAUCAGCAAACCUGGCCCCCCACAGUUCAAGAGCUAAGAAUGGCUUUUACAUUUUUAUAUAGAUGGAAAAAAAAUUUUAAAGGGUAAUAUUUUGUGA